CCAAAUACGUAUAACCCGCUCCUUGCGCUACGUCCCACAGCGAACCCUAUCCGCCACCUGUCGGAUAGAUAGUAGUCGAUCAAUCUAUAGAGGACGGUUCAUGGUAUAAGAGGGAUCAAUUUCCACCUUGUUUAGCAUGCAUGAGCCCCGAACCUUUGGAGAAUCACGCACACCAGGGCUUUCGGAAACAGGUCGUCGCAACAUUAGCAGCAACCGCUAUCACCUGUGCAGGCAAAGAGAACAUACCUUAAGUCCCGAGCCCAUACGUACCCAGACACUAUCAAUCACCCACCAUGCGCCUUCCAUACGUUGCCAACCCUCCGAUAACGAGCAAUGCCGAGGAGGCUGAGAUCCUGGCACAAACGCAAGCCCGACGUGCCCCAGGAACUCUGCUACCACUCGAUCUGGCACUGAUGCACUCCUUCCCGAUCACGGAUGGUUGGAACGCCUUCAUGGGCGCCAUCCGCACGCGAACGAGUAUCUCGACCAUUAUCCGCGAGAUGAUCAUGUGUCGCGUGGCGGUGCUUAAUGACGCAUUGUUCGAGUGGGAGCAACACGCUCCUCUACUGAAGGCAGAGGGAUUCAGCGAGGAGGCCAUGGAGGCCAUCCGACAUCCCGAGAUCUGUCCCGAGUUACAGAAAAGGGUCCUAAGUCCGGCGGAAAGUGCGGUGUUGAAGUAUACGGACGCUAUGACCAAGACGGUCAAGGUGCCCGAGGAGAUCUUCCAGGAGGUGAAAGGGCAUUUUAACGAUAAGCAAGUGGUGGAGAUUGCGGCGACGGUAGCUGCCUAUAACUGUGUUAGUCGGUUCUUGGUCGCAUUGGAUGUGGGAGAGAGGAAUCAGUGCAAGUGUUGGCAUGACUAAUUGGAUUGAGUGUUUAAUUAUGCACUUCUAAAUUCUAAGAAUUGAGUUCCGAGAAUAAUGAUAGUACGGAACAAGGGACUU